GGAGCAUGGACCAAAUCCCGCUGCGCUGGCACCAUGACGCUCACCCGGUUCGUGGUGGCUCUGAUUUUAGGGGUGAUCCCCGAAGUGGUCAGCUUUAAUCCGAUCCUCAGUUACUCCCUCCGCCACCGCCACCGCCAUCUGCCCCCUGCGGGUUCCGGGUAUCCUUUUAACCUUCCCACUCAUCCGCAGCCGCAGAGGACGCCUCCACCGCCCCUUUCCGGUGUCCCGCGCCCCUCGCGGGCGCUCCAUGCCCAGCGCCUGCAAGCGGUCCAUGCAGCGCGCACGCCCCAGCUGCACCUCGGGGGCUGCCCCGCCGGCGAGUCUUGGGUCAACGUGACGGACUUCGGCGCUUCAUGUUUACGCUGGGCAGAGGUGCCAUCCUUCCUGGAACGGUCGCCCCCGGCGAGCUGGGCUCAGCUGCGAGGGCAGCGCCACAACUUUUGUCGGAGCCCCGACGGCGCGGGCCGACCCUGGUGCUUCUAUGGGAACGCCCACGGCAAGGCGGACUGGGGCUACUGCGACUGCAGACACGGGUCAGUACGACUUCGCGGUGGCAAGAAUGAGUUUGAAGGCACAGUGGAAGUAUUUGCAAAUGGUGCUUGGGGCACAGUCUGUAGCAGCCACUGGGAUGAUUCUGAUGCGUCAGUCGUCUGUCACCAGCUGCAGCUUCGAGGAAAAGGAGUAGCAAAACAAACACCGUUUUCUGGACUGGGCCUUAUUCCCAUUUAUUGGAGCAAUGUUCGUUGCCGAGGAGAUGAAGAAAAUAUACUGCUUUGUGAGAAAGACAUCUGGCAGGGUGAGACGUGUCCUCAGAAGAUGGCUGCUGCUGUCACGUGUAGCUUUUCCCAUGGCCCCACAUUCCCGGUCUUACGCCUCGUUGGGGGGAGCAGUGCGUACGAAGGCCGAGUGGAAGUCUACCAUGCUGGUCAGUGGGGAACUGUUUGUGAUGACCAAUGGGACGAUGCAGAUGCAGAAGUGAUCUGCAGGCAGCUUGGCCUGAGUGGUAUUGCCAAAGCAUGGAACCAGGCAUAUUUUGGGGAAGGAUCUGGCCCAGUAAUGUUGGAUGAAGUACGCUGCACUGGGAACGAGCUUUCUAUUGAGCAAUGUCCAAAGAGUUCCUGGGGAGAACAUAACUGUGGCCAUAAAGAAGAUGCUGGAGUGUCCUGUACCCCUUUGACAGAUGGGGUCAUCAGACUUGCAGGUGGGAAAGGCAGCCAUGAGGGUUGCUUGGAGGUGUAUUACAAGGGACAGUGGGGCACCGUCUGUGAUGAUGGCUGGACAGAACUGAAUACAUACGUGGUUUGCCGACAGCUGGGAUUUAAAUAUGGCAAGCAAACCUCUGCAAACCAUUUUGAAGAAAGAACAGGGCCCAUAUGGCUGGAUGAUGUCAGCUGCUCAGGAAAGGAAACCAGUUUUCUUCAGUGUUCCAGGAGACAGUGGGGAAGACAUGACUGCAGCCAUUGGGAAGACGUUGGUAUCGCCUGCCACCCCGGGGGCGAUGGACACAGACUGUCUCUGGGUUUUCCUAUCAGACUGAUGGAUGGAGAAAACAAGAAAGAAGGACGAGUGGAGGUUUUUAUCAAUGGCCAGUGGGGAACAAUUUGUGAUGAUGGAUGGACUGAUAAGGAUGCAGCUGUGAUCUGUCGACAGCUUGGUUACAAGGGUCCUGCCAGAGCAAGAACCAUGGCUUAUUUUGGGGAAGGCAAAGGACCCAUCCAUGUGGAUAAUGUGAAGUGCACAGGAAAUGAGAGGUCCUUGGCUGACUGCAUUAAACAAGAUAUUGGAAGACACAACUGUCGUCACAGUGAAGAUGCAGGAGUUAUUUGUGAUUAUUUUGGCAAGAAAGCAUCAACUAGCAGUAAUAAAGAGUCCCUUUCAUCUGUGUGUGGUUUGAGGUUACUGCACCGUCGACAGAAGCGGAUCAUUGGUGGGAAAAAUUCUUUAAGGGGUGGUUGGCCUUGGCAAGUUUCCCUUCGGCUGAAAUCAUCCCAUAGAGAUGGCAGGCUCCUUUGUGGGGCCACACUCCUGAAUAGCUGCUGGGUCCUUACAGCAGCGCACUGUUUCAAGAGGUAUGGUAAUAGCACUAGGAACUAUGCUGUUCGACUUGGGGAUUAUCAUACUCUGGUGCCAGAGGAGUUUGAAGAAGAAAUUGGAGUUCAACAGAUUGUGAUUCACCGGCAGUAUCGACCAGACAGCAGUGACUACGACAUUGCCCUGGUUAGAUUACAAGGAGCAAAAGAACAAUGUGCCAGAUUCAGUAGCCACGUUUUGCCAGCUUGUUUACCACUCAGGAGAGAGAGGCCACAGAAAACAGCUCCCAAUUGUUACAUAACAGGAUGGGGAGACACAGGACGAGCGUAUUCAAGAACUCUACAACAAGCAGCCAUCCCAUUGCUUCCCAAGAGGUUUUGUGAAGAACGGUAUAAGGGUCGGUUUACAGGGAGGAUGCUGUGUGCUGGAAACCUCCAUGAACACAAACGGGUGGACAGCUGCCAGGGAGACAGCGGAGGACCACUGAUGUGUGAACGGACUGGAGAGAGCUGGGUUGUUUUUGGGGUGACCUCCUGGGGUUAUGGCUGUGGAGCCAAGGAUUCUCCUGGUGUUUACACCAAAGUCUCAGCCUUUGUACCUUGGAUAAAAAGUGUCACCAAACUGUAAUUGUUCAUGGAAACCUCAAGAAAAAAUAUUUAAAGAAUAUGACGGAAAAUUUCA